GAUUACAGAUUAGCCGAUUACUAGUCGAUAGUUUAUAUUCUUAUACACAAAAAAAAAACAUAACAAAACACACACACACUGACUAACUUUUAAAUGCCGCCUAAACGUCAGGUAUUGAAAAUCAUCAUUUUGGGAGAUAGCGGUGUUGGGAAGACCUCGCUGAUGCAGCAGUAUGUCAAUCACAAGUUUGACAACCGCUACAAAGCAACGAUCGGGGCGGACUUCCUUAGCAAGGAUAUCGAAAUCAACGGCCAGGUCGUAACGCUGCAGAUCUGGGAUACGGCCGGGCAGGAACGCUUCCAGUCACUUGGCUCGGCGUUCUACCGGGGGGCGGAUGCCUGUAUUUUGGUGUUUGACGUCACCCAGUCCGAAAGCUUUGCGCACCUGGGCUCUUGGCUUGAGGAAUUCAGCAUCCAGGCGGGGUGCCGUGAUAGCGUGCUGAUUGGCAACAAAACUGACCUGAAUGAGCGCCGACGGGUAUCAACCAAGACGGCGCAGAUGUGGUGUGCGAAGCAAAAUAUGAACAACAGCACCGGCUCGAAUAUCGACUCGUGCGAGAUGAAGUAUUUCGAGGCAUCUGCCAAAGAAAAUAUAUCUGUGGAUGAUGCUUUUUUGGCCGUUUCAACUGCCGCGUUGGCAAGGAAAGUGGCCACCGAAGAGGAGAUGGUGGAACGACCGGAAACUAUUGUUUUGUCUUCCAACAGAAUAGAAGAAGAACCCCGCUCGCUAUGUAAUUGCUGAAAAUAUAGAAAAAAAAUGCCACCUAUAUUUUAUUUACUUAUUCAUACCUAGUUGUUUAACACAUAAUCGAUGGUGAAAGAAGAAAAUCAAAGUAUAAACGGAAAAUGUGGUAUGCUAAUAUCGAAAAGAGUUUCUAUAAAAUCUCUUCAAUCGUUUAUUUUUUUUAUGUGUGUGUGUGUGUGUGUGUGUGUAGAGGGAUGAGACAAGUAACA